UUGUAAACCAACCCCACCACCUUGUGGUCACUACUGAGUCCUUAAUAUUUUAAUGACAUAUUUUAAAGGAAGAAUCACUUUGAGACGCAAAACGUAGCCUGAGAAGAAACCAAGAAAACUGACAUAAGGAGAGGUUACUAUUUGGGGGGAAAAACCAAUGAAUCAUUGAAUAAUGUCCAUGCACAACAACCCCAUCACAACCAAUCCCUUUAUAAAUUCCUAAGUUUCCAACUUUUUCAAGUAGCAUUUUUGCUGCAGAAUGCUUGAGGAGAACCAAAACCAUGAAUCAACUUGGUGUCACCCUUUUGAUUCUCUUAGCCUUGUUCCUCCAUGUUACAGCACAGACUGGCACAGCACCUUCAGGAGAUGCUGUCUCCAAUUUCCAACCAAGCCUUGCUGUUGUCAUAGGAAUCCUUGGUGUCAUGUUUCUACUUACAUUCUUUCUUCUCAUGUAUGCAAAAUUCUGUCAACGCCGCGCUUCAGCUCCUGUUAGGGACACAGAAAACCAAGCAAGUUUUGUGAGAUCAAGGUCUAGAUUCUCAGGAAUUGACAAGACUGUGAUAGAAUCACUGCCCUUCUUCAGAUUCUCUUCACUCAAAGGGUCAAAGGAAGGGCUUGAGUGUGCAGUGUGCUUAUCAAAGUUUGAAGAUGUUGAAGUUCUGAGACUUCUACCAAAGUGCAAACAUGCUUUUCAUAUUGGUUGCAUAGACCACUGGCUUGAAAAGCACUCUAGCUGUCCUAUUUGCAGGCACAGGCUUAACCCUGAGGACCACACAACCUUCACAUAUUCAAGCAGUUUAAGGGGGCUAGCAAACCAAUCAGAUUUAGGUGAAGAGUCCAACAUAGAGAUCUUUGUACAAAGACAGGAAGAGCAUCAUGGUUCAUCAAGAUUCAGUGUUGGAAGCAGCUUUAGGAAAAUGGGAAAGGAUGUCAAGGAAGAAGAGUUUCUCAUCCAAAAAGGAGCAGAAGAUAGUGAUGGUAACCAGAAGGGGUAUCAUAAACACAACCACAGGAUCACUAUAUCUGAUGUUGUGUUAAAGCACAGGUGGAGCAACGUCAGUUCUUCAGAUCUUGUGUUUUUGAAUUCGGAGAUGCUGAAUGCUACAUCAAGCAACAGAUUCAACAACUUGGAAUCAAAUGCUGAAAUGAUGUCAACUCCAAGAGGAGUGGUGGAAAAUGAGCAGAUUAUGAACAUCAAGGAGGAGAUGGAGAGGAAGAUUUCCUUUGAGAGCAAAGUUAGUGCACUGAACAACAUAAAAUCAGUUUCAGGUAAUUCUGUAGGAAAAUCAAGUCAUGCACCAAAGUAUGUGAACACGGGUGAGAAAAGGUCAAUGUCAGAAAUCACUGUUGUCUCUAGAUUUAGAGAUUUAGGCAUGAAAAGUGGGGUAUUUAAAGAUUCUUCUUCCUUUCAAAACAGCCUUAAAGAGGAAAGAAUGAGGCAGAUUUGGUUUCCAAUUGCCAGAAGAACAGCUCAAUGGUUUGUGAAUAGAGAAAGAAGGUCUCAGCAACAAUCUCAAAAUAAACAACAACCAUUAGAUGUAUGAUCCAAUCCAAUCCAAUCCAACCUUCCUGAGGUACACACGUUUGGUUUCAGUCCUUGAUUAACAACUUCAUGUAGAUUUUAGGUUUUUUGUUGAAUAGUAUAUAGUUAAGCAAAGCAGGUAUAGGUUCCUUGUUUUUGUUUCAAUCUCUAUUUUUUAAUUCUUACGAUCUGCAUAAAACCUUUGUUAAUGUUUCCAUGACAGAAAAUGAAAGGAAUCCUCGAGACCAGAAUAAUUGAAACCCUUGUAAACUUAAAUUGCAAUAUUUUUUUCAUUUCAUAAUCAUUUUUCUA